AUGAAGCUCUUAGCAGCACCUUGUGUCGAUCCAUUCGAAUUCGAUGCCAAGGGAAUCACAAUAGAAUUCAUCGUCGUCAAAGUAUCACAAGAUGGGUCGCCUGUCAAAUCCAGACAAUCAUUCCAGGUAAAACGAGGGGAACUCUUGUUGAAUCCUUUGAGAGAACGCACAUACAGGAACUUGCUUUGGAGCAUAGGCAUCAGGUUACCUUCGACAGCAAGAGCUCAACUUAUUGAAGCCAUAUCUCGCGGUGCUUCUUCAUUGCCCUGUGAAGCUGACCAUAUAUUUGUGUGCGUCGUUGCUCUUGAACCAUGGUAUGAAAUCCACUUCAAUGUCAUGACUGGAAUUCAUGUUGAUGAAGAUAAGGAGAUCUCGUGGGAUUUUGUGGAGAACCCUUUUAAUCAUGUCUUACAAGCUUGCAAACCACCAAUUCCAUGCCUCAAGAAAGUUAAGAUUGAGGACAAUAUGGCUUCGAAUGACGCCUUGUGUUGUCCAAUUUGCUUACAAGAUUUCUCUGUUGGAUCUGAAGCUGCUGCCACUACCUGCUCUCAUGUGUAUCAUUCUCAUUGCAUUGUCAAGUGGUUGUUGAGGAGUGCUUCGUGCCCUAUGUGUCGUUCUAAGUUGCCUACGGGUUGA